UCACCGAGCCGCUGCCGUAACUCGUGACUGUCAGAGAGCACCAUGGCGUGAGUUUAUCAAUCCUCAUAAACUCACAAAAACAACAGCAGAUAUGUGGAGGAUUCAGGGUUUGGUGGGCAGAGUGUUGAGCCGGUGUCAUGGGAACGCUCAGCUGCGGCUCACUCCGGGUCAUCAUGUGGAGGACGAGGUCAUCAACUCCUCCAUCCUGACCAGCGGACGACACGCGUCUGACAGCAGCAGUUCUCACAGAGGGGAAGAUGAUCAGAAAAAGAAGCGAACAUCUCAGUUCUGCUACACUGGUCUGCCGAGAUACACCGCUCUCGAUGCAGUGGGAUGGGGCGCCGCUGCGGUUCUCUUCAUGCAGCUCUGUCGCAGGAUUCACUCUCGACUGUCCUCGCAUCCGGAUCACAACCCUGGAGCGGCCCAGAUCAGAGACGCCGGACUCGUGCGGAAAUGCUCCUACAAACUCCUGAUUGACAUCUUGUCCAGGCCGAAUGUUUCAUCUGUUGGUGUGAUGGUGAAAUGCCUUAAUGGGGCGCUGCAGACUCCAGAGCGGAGCAAGAGCGGCUCCAGUGACCCUAGUCAUGUUAACAGUGAUGGAGACGUGACCUCUGACCUGCAGACGGCGCACAGUUCUGAUGACCAGCAGGAGGAGCCGUUGAGCAACACAUCACACUGCGAUGAAACUAUUUUUCCUGAACAACCGGAACCAGAGGAUCGUCUUUCUCCUGAUGCAGCAGCACAGAAUUUGCGGCGUGUUGCGGACGGCAGCGUUCCCGUAAUCCUCAACAUCAUCGGUCUGGAGAGCGUGAAAGCGGGCGACUAUGAGACGGCCUUCUCCUGUUUUCUGGCCUCAGCACAGCACGACUACAGCAAAGCUCAGUUUAAUGUGGGAGUUUGUUACGAGAAAGGACGAGGAGUGCGGCCAGACCACAGCAAGGCGGUGCAUUACUACAGACGCGCCGCAGUCGCUGGUCAUCGUCAGGCUCAGUAUCGAUGCGCUAAACUGAUUUUGAGCAGCAGAGGGCAGCAGAGUUUAGAGACGGAUGUAGCAGCGGCGCUCAACUUCCUGCAGGCGGCCGCAGACGCCGGACUCGCUGAGGCUCAGGUGUAUCUGGGUGUGGUGUUGUCUCAGCGUUCAGACUGUGAUGAGGAGGAGUGUGUUCAUUAUUUCAGGAUGGCGGCUGAGAGCGGGGACGCCGCGGCUCUCGUGUGUUUGGCUCAGUGUUAUGAGACGGGUUUCGGCGUGUCUCCGUGUGUCCAAACCGCCGUCAGUCUGUAUCAACAGGCGGCGGCCAAAGGAAACCAGCAGGCCAGAGACAAACUGAGAGACACACACAGUCGAGACGUGCUGCGCUCGAUUCGAUCGGCUCCUUGCUUCUCUGUGAUUGGUCAGCUGAAUCUCAACUCAGUGUUUCCUCAAGAGAGCCGAGAUGAGAAGCCCCGCCCACAGCAGCGAUCUGACUGCCAAUCACAACCGCUUCCUCACUCCCGGAGCACAGGAAGUCUGAGCGUGUUGCCCUCCAUCACGCUUCAGAUGCUCAACGCUGAAAGCAGCCGCAAGGUUUGGACGCUCGGAGUGCGAUAACAUGAUGAAUUCAUCUCUCAUCUUAUAUCCGCAUCUUUAAAGCAGCUUUAUUUUACAUGCACGCACAAGCAUUUAGCCAUUAGAAACACACACAGAAAUAGCUGGAUCUGACCGAUGAAUGUUCUUAGCCAAUCAGAGCAGAGCUGGAGAGUUCCGAGCCCAGUGAUUGGAUGGUUAUGAUGUCAUAGAUUAUUCAUGAGCUUUCAUUUCAGCACCUUUAAAUGUAUUUUGCCAGUGGGAAGUGUUUAGUUUUGUGUACAUGUGUAUUUGGUUGGAGAGAACGUCUGAAUACAGUGGAAUGAGUGUUUUUUAUUGAGCGUGUGGAAAGUGAUGUGCCAGAGUAAGCUUAUCUUUGUAUUUUUUUGUGUACAAUUGUGUUUUAAACUGUUUUGUGGAGGUCACAUGGUGUCAUUUUCUUGUUUUCUGUGUUAUUCGGACGUAUUGUUUACAUGAUUAUAUUAAAACAUUAAGCUCACACAUUCAUUCAGAAGCAGAAGAAUUAUCGGUUAUCAAAAAUGAACAACAAAACCAUUUGAUCUGUACCAUUUUACCACUAAAUUAAUCACAUGUGCCAAAGAUUUAAUUCACAUGUGCCUUAAUUAGAUUGUGUAACUGUGCAGUUGAUGAAAAGCCAAUAGCAUUGUAUGAGCCUCAGUAUCAGAGCCAGAAUUUUAUCUGUUGUUUGUCUUUGUAUGUUUUGCCUUAUGAGGUUAAUUGAGUGUCAUUUCACCCUAAAGCACUGUCUGAACUGCAAUAAAGACUUUUGUGUUUUCAA